GGCUAGAGCCAUCGCUAAGGGAUUACGCCUUUAGUGAACAAUUGUAGAAACCAACUGAUUAACAACUUCUAAACUUGAAUUAUUCUUCUUUAUAGAAUGAAGUGCAAGAAUAUUCCGGCUGAGAUCCAUCGUGAAAGAGUUGGCGUUGCAUCUAGUGCAGAUGCUCGAUUCACCCAUAACAAGAUCGAAGUUGAACUGGUUUGUCGCCGCUUCAACGGAACUUGCUAUUAUACCACACAACCAAGAACAUCUCCAUCUAUUUCACUUGACUAUUCCGUAUGGAUUGGUGAUUUAUACACUUUGACUGUUCUGUACUGUAUGAAUUUGAGUAUUCAUAAGAAUGACUUGUCUUAUACUCCCUCCUGGAGUCUCCAAGACGAAAUCUUAAAAAAAAUCUAGUCUAUACACCAGGCUUCAUCAUAGAUUACUUCUGCUCAGAGUUGGAUUACCAUGCUAUAAUAAGUCAAUUGAUAACAUCUCCGAUAUGUCAAUAAUCCUCAUUUUAUAGUAAACCCUUGAGAUUGAAGUGCUAGAUGAAUUACUUGA